AUGUGCGAGGAUUCACAGUCGGACGAAAGGAUCGACAUUGGCUUGGAGACGAAGAGCAUAGGCAGUGCAUCUGUUGGCCGCACUUUCAGUUGGCAGAAGGAAAAGGUUGCCACUCUCGAUGAGGCCAUAGCUCAUUUUUUCGGCCCAAAUUUCGUAGUGACAUCUCCAGAAAUGGAUGCACACACAGAGGCAGGCCAUGGUGCAUUCAUUGGGUUGAUCGUCAACUGGUCUUUCUGCAGCGAGGAUCAGCUCGGAUAUGAUUCUCAGCGUGUUGCCAUGUCGCCAAUUGGAAAGCCGCUCAAUAUGCUCAAGUCUGUCCCAGAACUCAUCAUUGUCGUUGCCGACGCCAUGUGUGCUCACCGCGCUAUUGUCGAGCAUUGCCACAUCCUGCACCGCGAUGUUAUGCCAGGAAACAUUCUGUUCCAGCGCAUGAAUGAUGGAACCAUCAAGGAGAGAAGCCAGCUCCCGCGCACCGAGCUCGACGACUGGGAGACGCUGAUUUAUGUCUUAAUUUGGAUUGAGACAUAUGGCUUUAAAGGCGCAAAUGGCCGAGCUGCUAAAAUCAAGUAUUGGGUUGACGGCACAACAUUGAAGGACAUUGCCAGCUACAAGCGCGGCGAUUUGGACAGCAGUUCCAGUUUCAAAUCUAUCCUCAACCAGUUUGAUAUUAGGGUGGAUCGUAUCAAUGUUCUUGCAGGGUUGUUGAGCAUGAUGCGCAAUAUUCUAAUCGACAAUGCGGGAUGCAAGAAAACAAUGGCUACAGCUGUUGGGCAGCCUGAGGACAUGGAAGUGGAUGUCGAGGUUGAGAAUCGUGAAUUGAGCCUCUAUCCGCAUGCCGAUUGA